CCUGCAAGGCUGCAAUUAAGAAAUAGGCAAAUGAGGUGCUUCACUUGGUGCAAGACUUAAAAUAUGUAGCUUUUUCAUUGUGGUCAGCUAUACAAAACCUCAAACAGAGGCGGUCCAAGCUAUUAGCAGAAUGCAAAAAGACAAAGGAUUGUGUUAAACAUGCGACGACAGAACCCGAGAUUCUUGCGAGGCAUAGUUGGAAACACAAGGGACAUGAUAGAACCUCGCUGCUCUUCUUCAUCGCUUCUCUUCUCUGUUCAGAUAUAGUGUUUGCUUUCUCGAUUUCUCUAGCUUAAUCAUUCGACAGAUCCGAAUCGCUCACAUUUUUCUUCUUCUUGUCCCCGUGUGGCCACCGCGUCCUGUAAUCAUAUAGCAGGAGGAGCAUCUGCUCUGAAUUCACUUAGAUGGCUCAGAUCCAGUAGCUUGAUCAAUGUGAUCUGCAAUUCGUCCUUGAUAAGUAUGUUAAUCCUUCUUCCUUCUUUGUUCACUCUGUUGUUUCUGGGAUCAAACCACAAGUCAAGUUGUCUAGCCUUAGCACAGAGAAUUCAUUCAAGGUAUAUAAAUAAAUCGAUAACUUAAAAAAGAAUCCAUAGAAGAAGCAAAGAAUUGAGAACGUGACAUGCUCAGUAAAGUUAGUUAACGUCCUGGUUUUUGGUCGAAAGUUCAGUGAAGAAAAAUAAAAGCUUUUCUGAUCAGUUUUUCAAAUACCAUCUCAAGAGAUGAAAUUUAUCUCCAUGAAAUUUUAACUACAAAUAAUUUUCAGAUAAUUCCAAAUAACUUCUCAGAUAUUUUAUUUGAUGAAAUCCUUAUUUUCCAAUAAGAGGUGAUUUGAUAGAAUUUGUAUAAAUGAUAAAAUCAAUAAGCAAGGAUUUAAGAUAAUUUUUAUAAAUCACAUAUCCAAUAAGCUGAGAUUUGAAAAAAAAAUGAAAUCUCACCAAUUUUCAUUCCAAUAAGCCCCCUUUGACAAUUCAGUCAUUAAAAGUACGUAAAACACAAGUACGUAAAAGACAAGUACGUAAAGUUUGCAUGAGAUGUGCAUGCAAUCAUGAAGAUCGAAAAUAAUGGGGCUUUACACGGGCUCACUAGAUUUGGGCUUAGUUUUGGGCUAGUAAACCGAUAAAUAACAUGAGAACAUUUUAAUAAUUCGAGAGAGAAACUCGGAGAGUGGAGGUACUGAAAGUGGAAGGCAUAGAGGGGGUAAUGGGGGAUAACUGCUUCUAACCGUUACUACAAAAGCGAAAUAAACUCCCUUUAACAUUUUUGUGUAACUGAGAGAAGUAUCUAUCUAUCCAUUACUACAGAUGAAGAAAAUGGAAGCGACGAAGAAGGAAGAUAUCAAGAAAGGUCCAUGGAAAGCCGAAGAAGACGAAGUGCUCAUCAACCACGUCAAGCGUUACGGUCCUCGUGACUGGAGCUCCAUUCGAUCCAAAGGCCUUCUUCAACGCACCGGAAAGUCAUGCCGUCUCCGUUGGGUCAAUAAACUCCGUCCCAAUCUCAAAAAUGGCUGCAAGUUCUCUGCCGAGGAGGAGAAGACGGUGAUUGAUUUGCAGUCGCAGUUUGGUAACAAAUGGGCGAGGAUCGCCACGUAUCUACCGGGAAGAACUGAUAACGAUGUGAAGAACUUCUGGAGCAGCAGACUAAAGAGACUCGCUAGGAUCCUCCAUAACUCCUCUGAUGCAUCGAGUUCAAGUUGCUUCAAUCCAAAGCCUAACAAGGGCAAAAACGUCAAACCAAUCCAGUCUCAGAGUUUUGGUCUUGUUGAAGAAGAGACUAGAGCUUCUUCUGCUACCACUUCCAAGAUUCUUCCUUACUCAUCACCAUUAUCAGACCAAGUUGAUGAUGAAGCCUUGAUCAGGUCGCCGGAACUGGGUAUUAAGUUAGAGAAUCAUCAGCCUUUUACCUUUGGGACUGAUCUCGACGACCCUUUUUUCUACGAUAUACUUGGACCGGCUGAUUCUUCUGAGCCCUUGUUCGGCCUUCCUCAGCCGUUUUUUGAGCCCUCUCCGGCUCCGAGAAGGUUCAGACAUGUUUCGAAAGAUGACGAAGAGUCUGAUGUUUUCUUACACGAUUUCCCUGCUGACAUGUUUGAUCAAGUUGAUGAUCAAACUAGGAGUCCUUAGAUUGUGUGCUUCAAGGUUUUUAUUGUGGUUGGUUCUUGUUUUCUAUUAGACUGUUUCCUUUUGUGUGUUUAGGUCUAAUCUGACUAAGACUUUAACUAGCUUUGUUUGUUCAGCAAGCAACAAUCUAACUACAUUAUUAUGUAAUGACAACUCUUGUUUGUCUGUUUAAUAUGAAAGUUAAGUU